AAGCUCUCCGCCGGAAGUGGCUCCUCUGUUGCGUCCUGCUUGAUUAAUGGAGCUGCGGCUCUGGACAUUUUAGAGGGGAGCACGUUUACUUGUUUGGGGAGCGGAGUUGCACACCUGACCCGCGAGCCGGCGCGUGACAGCGAGCGUGCGCGUGGGCUCCGCGUCCCGCAGGAACGUGUCCACCUGAAAAGUGCGUCUGCACUUGACACACUGGGAUAAAAACACACGCCCGGGGCUAAAACGUGGAGUUCUGCGGACUUGGCUGUGUUUCAAGCAGCACCGGAACAUUUGAUUAUUUUUUUCCCCUAACCUCUCACGGAUCAUUUCAACCUUCAGUUUUCUCUCUAUCUGCUCUGACUGGAUUCAUCGGCGUCUGGUCUCCGCUGUGGAUUGUUAAUAAUAAUAUUAAUAUAAAAAAAACCCCAGAGAAGUCGGUGACAGCCGAACCCGAGCAGUGCGGAUCCGUCUGACGUCCUCCCGCUCUCCCCGACGCUCCUCUUCUUCCCUCGCCGUCGAAAUCUGCUCUUUAACUUGUGAAGUGGAGGCUGAGUUGUCGUGUGGAGACGUUCCGCUCCGUCCUCAUUGUCAUUCUGGUCUGGAAUGGUUUUGGAGAAGGCGUGCUGGAGUCCUGCGCUUCAGCCGUUGCGCGCGUCAUUUUCCCACUCGUGUCCUCCAGAUUAAUCAUUUUUUCGGGGGCUGAAUUCAUCCGGUCUCCUGCAGAGCGCUUGGAGCGGCUCUCGUGUCUCUCACGGUAAACCAGGAAAGCAACUUUGUUCCCCAUCUGUGGAGCUCUGAAGAGGACGUGGACUGGGACUCUGGGAAGAUGCUUACUGGACUGUAAUAUUUAUUCAUUUGCUUCUAUAUAGAUUAUAUAUCUAUAUAUACAGAGAGAGACCUCGGCGGCGCGUCACACGCGCACUGUCACGCGUUCAGAUACACAUCUGCCCGUUGCGCAUCAUCCAAGUUGGAGACCCGCACCAGCUCACGCCUGCAGGGGAGCUUUGUCUGUCCACUACGGAUCCAAACUACUGGGACAACUGGGAUUUUUUUUUUUUACGCGCAGCCGGUGGGAUUUCUUCUACCAUGUCAGGUGUGAGGGAUUUCAGAUGGACUCCCAUCAUCUGCGUGGCGAUGCUUUCGUGUGCUCUUGCAGGUAAAGUCUCUCCCACCAGCUCGGAUGUCCUGUUCAGCGCCUCGGCAAUGACAGCCAGCCCUCCACCACCCAGCGUGUAUCUGCCUGCCAGCUUCAAAAUGUCCAAUGCAAAGCUGGCUUUCUUCUUGCGGGAGGCCCAGAUCACAGGACAAACUGUUGGCGGCGGCGGCAGGAGCAGCAGCAGCGGCGGUGGCGGCAGCGCUGGACAUCCGCUGCAGCGCUCUGAGAGUUUUGUGGUUUUCCAGACAAAGGAGCUCCCUGCCAUCAACAUAAGCUUUGGGCCUUUUGCCCAGGACCAGGCUUUAUCCAAGGAGCUGCUCCAGCCAACGAGCCCUCUGGACAUCCCAGGCCAGCUGACGGUGGGCUGGAAGGUGCGGGCCUUCAUUGUCCAAGCGAGGGUCUUCUCCAACAACCCCGUCGUCCAGGUGUUCUUCUACAUCGCCGGUCGGGACUGGGAUGACUUCAAGGCUCAGGACAACCUGCCGUGCAUCCGGCUGCACGCUUUCCGCGACGUCCGGGAGAUCAAAACGUCCUGCCGCAUGAGGGGCAACCUCGCCCAGUGCCUGGCCCAGCUGGAGCUGCCUCCUCCCUGGUUCAACACCAACGUGGCCCCGCUGGGUCGCAGGAAAAGCCCCGGAGACGGGCUCCUGGACGGAUUAACCAGCGAGACCCUGCAGGCCGAGCUCUACUACACGCUGCACGAGCCUAAUCUGGACGGGGAGUGCAGCGAGGGCCACCGAGGAGGCGGCGGGGCCAGAGGAGAGCCUCUGUCACAGCACCCUCUGCUGCGCAUCGGAAGUAUCAGCCUCUACCAGGCCAGUCAGGAGCAGCUGCUGGUGGACAAGCAGCUGGACAAAAACAUGUUCCUCAGGCUGCCCGAGAAACCGCUCAAGCCCGGAGAAACACUGAAGAUCCUCCUGUACCUGAUGCCCAACUCCACUGUGGAACAAUUUACUCUCAAGGUCAAAGCGAAGAAAGGGGUGAACCUGCAGCAAACCAAGUCGAAGAACGCUCAGUGGAAGGUAGACUGGGAGGUUCAGUCCGGUGCCAAACAUUCCAUCACCACCAUCGACGUCAGCAAGAACAAAGCAGUAAAGCAGGGUGAUGUGUUGGGGAACGUGGAGCUCAUGCAGCUGGAUUUUGAGAUGGAGAACUUCACCAGCCUCUCCGUGACCAGGAGGAUCAACUGGAACAUCGACUACAAGGGGCAGACUCCGGUCCCCGACUCAGAGAAGGUGGUGACGGAGCUGACGGUGGUGCAGCGCGACAUUCAGGCAAUCAUCCCUCUGGCGAUGGACACGGAGAUCAUCAACACGGCCAUUCUGACCGGGCGCACCGUGGCCAUUCCCGUCAAAAUGGUCUCCAUAGAGAUGAACGGGGCAGUCACGGACGUCUCAGCCUUUGUGCAGUGCAAGUCGUCUAAUGAAGACAUUGUAAAGGUCUCCAUGAACUGCGACUACGUGUUCGUCAACGGCAAGGAGACCCGCGGCUCCAUGAACGCCAGGGUCAUCUUCAGCUACGAGCACCUGAGUGCGCCGCUGGAGCUCACCGUCUGGGUGCCCAAGCUUCCCCUGCAGGUGGAGCUCACCGACAGCACUCUGAGCUUCAUCAAAGGGUGGAGGGUGCCCAUUCUACCUGACAGGAGGAGCACCAGGGACAGCGAUGCAGACGAGGACGAGGACGACCGGCGGAUGAAUCGCGGCUGCGCCCUCCAGUACCAGCGGGCCAUGGUCAAAGUGCUGACCCAGUUUCACACCACUUCCACGGAGGGCACAGACCAGGUCAUCACCAUGCUGGGGCCUGACUGGCAGGUGGAUGUCACAGACCUUGUCCAAGACUCCUUGAAGGUGGUCAACCCGAAGAUCGCGGAGCUGGUGGACAGGACGAUCCUCGUGGGCCUGGAGCUGGGAUCCACCGUGCUGAAGGUGGAGUCUCCGCUGGCCGUGGACGCGGUGCUGGGGGAGGCGUCGUUCCUCGUCACGGACGACAAGGUUUCCAUCACGGAGCUGCGGGUGCACACCGUGUCGGGCCUCGCCCUGUCCCUGCAGCCCAGCCUAGGCAACAGCCACACCAUGGUGGCCAAGGCGUCCGGCAUCCAGACGCUCACCGUCCUCAAACAGGAGGCCAGCUUGUCUGUCUGGAUGCUUUUCAGCGACAACACAGCCGCUCCUCUGACUUACUUUGAUCCCAAAGACUACAACCUCAACGCCUCCACCCUGGAUGACAAAGUUGUGACGGUUUCCCAGGAGCCGCAGCAACGGUGGCCUGUGGUGGUCGCAGAAGGCGAGGGAUCGGGCGAAAUGGUGCGUGUAGAGAUGACCAUCUGUGAGGCCUGCCAGAAGACCAAACGUAAGAGCGUCAUUGCAUCUGCCGCCGUCUAUGUCAAGGUCCGCUUCGGCCCAGAGGAGGAUUCGGAGGAGGAAACGACCACAGAGGGUGAGAUUGAGCUGGCGUCGGUCACCAGACGGACAAUCGUUGAUCCCAACAUCAGUGGGAGAAUUUAUGAUACUUCUAACGAGCAGCCGGCGAGCGUUCCCGUGGAUUACACUAACUUUCCCACCGUCAGCAACCAAGAGCGACCGACUGAGAGCGACGAGGAGGAAGAAGACGACUUUGUGCAUUCACCACGCAACAUGACCGAUCUUGAGAUCGGCAUGUAUGCUUUACUGGGCGUCUUCUGCUUGGCCAUAUUGGUGUUUCUUAUCAACUGCAUCGUUUUUGUCCUCAAAUACCGCCAUAAGCGCAUCCCGCCCGAGGGCCAGGCCAACAUGGACCAUUCUCACCACUGGGUGUUCCUCGGAAACGGCCAGCCGCUGAGGGCCCAAUGCGAUCUGUCGCCACAGCAGGUGGAGAGUCCCAGCAACCCUUUGGAGGGGGUACAAACUUGCUGCCACGGGGACCACCACAGUAGUGGCAGUUCCCAGACCAGCGUUCAUAGCCAGGUCCACGGAAGGGGCGACGGCAGCUCUGGGGGUUCGACCAAGGAUAACGGCGAGGACGCCAGUUCACCCACCUCCAAACGCAAGAGAGUCAAGUUUACCACCUUUACCACCCUCCCCACAGAGGAGCUGCCCUACAACUCCAUCCCCAUAGCAGACGAAGAGGACAUUCAGUGGGUUUGCCAGGAUAUGGGCUUUAAAGACCCAGAGGAACUCCAUGACUACAUGCGCAGAAUAAAAGAAAUAGCCUAAGAUAGGAGGUGCAAUGUGAAAGCACUGCUCUCGACUUUCUAAAAAGAGACGGUUCCUUUCUAUUUUUCUCUUUUUUCAAGCAAGUGAAAGAUAAUUUCUCACAAACUUUUAAGGUCAGUUGUUGUUCUGGUUAGGGUUUGUUCCAUGUAGUUUGCACAGUGCUGUAAUCUCAUACACCCUCACACAGAAGAGAACGCAAGAAGCCAAAGACUCGACCAGAGGAUCUCAAUCACAAGAGAGACGUCUGUAAAUCUUGGCUACAGGAAACAUGUUUCACUUGGAAGCUGAGCCAUGACGACAUACGAGAGCUGCUCCCGUUUUUUUCAGGAUGUGACUUUUACAAAAUCCUGAUGUGGACAUGAGUUAGUUGUGUUUCAGUGGCUCAGAGGGACUCUGCAGGACGGUACCUACUCCAAACAAAGAGGCCUUUGAUGAACGAAUAACUGUCAAAGACUCUAAUUAAACCUGUUUUGAAAUUAAUUUUGUUUUUGCCAAAGUAGAAAAAGCAUUCUUUUAAUGGCAAAAUCUUUAUUGUCGUCGGUGUAGCACAUUCAUGAUUUGUAUUCAUCUUCAUUACUUACAUUUUCUACAUUUCGUAGGUAGAUGAAAGCAGUGCCCUACUUCAAUUCCUGGUGUUCCUGACAAAUCUGAUGCCUUAUAAAAACGGUCACAGUUCACUUAUAUCAGUGCAGGCACCCUGUUUUCUCAUUGUUCAGAGGCUUGAGACAGCUUAGUAAAGCAUUAAAGAAAAACACUACAGCUGUUCUCCAGCAUGAAGAGACGAGCUUCGCAUGAAAAGGUAACCUAAGGCACAAUCAGCCAACGUUUUUCAAAUUUGUAAAUGUUUAUAAUGUAAUUAAAUAAUCAUUCAUGCACAUCAAUAAACUAAAUACGUUACCGGGCUUCACACGCAUGUCAUGUCAGGCCUACAUACAUACAGACAUUCCUCUUUGUGUAUAUAAUUCUGUCAAAUUUGAGUUACUUAAAAUGUUAGAAGUUACUUUCUCCAAGGCGGAGGAAUGGAAAUCCGGUUGAACCUCUGGAAUCAUUAUAGUCCUGUGGCAGGUCAAAAGUUGCCCAAACUGGAUUCCUGUGACAGACGUAGGCUUUUAACUCUGGAAUCUCAUUCGACGGUUCAGUGUGGGAAUUUGCUAUGCACAGAUCAACAUUUUUAAAGAUUUAUUUCCCUUCUGCAAAUCUAGAGUUUCUGAGAAUGUAGGAAAUUUAGAAAUGCAUAAAUUGAGCUGUGUUUGAAUUGUCCAGUUAUUCUCAGGUCAGGUGUUUUGUAGCACUGCUCGACAUUUCUACUUUAAUUUUGUCAUCCAUUAACUGUAACGUGUGCAUUCUAACUUGAAUGCAAGUAAGCUUGUAACUCUGGCGAGCAAAAGCUAACAAUCAAAAUUUUACUUGUUGAACAGCCAAAGACAUUCAGCGUUUUGAGUAUAAAGUGGCUUCUUAUUGGCAGAAGACAUUAGAUUUUGGAAAAUAUUCAGAUGUGGGAACAAAGUAUUCAAAUCUCAACGGUAAACAUAUGCAAUUAAUGUUAGGAUACCAAUUAUGAUAAUAAAAGUUAAUGUUACCACACUAACAUUAAUAACUUGCUUCGAUCAUUGACAUUUCUACGCCUAUAUCUACAGAAACAUAUUAGGAACUUUAGAUUCAUUUAAAACAAACAGAUGCUUUCAAUGUCUCAACUGUUGAAAAAUUUGUCAGACAACAGGAUUUAAGAUAUAUUUCUGAAAUGAAUACUCAAACAUUUUCUAAGAUGUCAAUGGUACAUGUGCAUAACUGUUGGCAUACUAAGUAGCAUAAGCAUUUAGGCUAACUUUAGUGUGCUACUGCUAAUGUAACUAUUGUUGCCGACAAUAAAAUCCACCAUGUGUUGAUUUUUCACAGUUACUGAAGAAGCCCAAACUUGUAGGUUGUCACUUAUCUCUUGAUCAAUAAAAGCCACAGGCUAUAGCAUCAAGGUAGAAGUUUGUAAUCCAAUGCAAACGGUAGCAUGGUUUUAACCUAGCAAGCUAACCCUAACGUAAACAAAAGUUUUUGUUAAUUCAUUGAAAAUGCCCGA